GCACGACGCGUUGGGCCCAUUCCUACUUGGCCCGGGACUGUGGAGUUGUUUUGGGCCAGCACGGCCUGAUGGUUUGGUUGGUUGGCCCGUCUCUCCGCUCGGCGUCGUGUCCAAACGGACGAAGAAGGAAACGAAACGAGCGCAUGCGGAUGCGCCGGGAUGGCGUCGCCGGAGGGCAAGGCCAUGGCAGAGCUGGAGACGGUGGAGGAGGAGGAGGUGCUGCGGCGGCUCGGGACGGGGGAGGACGCGGGGCUCACCGAGAAGGAGGCCGCGCGGCGCCUCCGCCUCCACGGCCCCAACGUCGUCGUCCUCUCUCAGCACGAGGACAGCAUGCUUCAAAAAUUCCUGAUGGGUCUCUUCUCGCUCUGGGGAUGGGAUCGUGUCUUCCCCGAGUACAAUAGCAUGGUCCGGAUCAUACUUAACUCCAUGUCAUGGAUUACAGUACUAACAACCAUCGCAUCUCUUGUCAUCACCUUAGCUGGCCAAAGAUCAUGUGAACUGCCCGUCAUCAUUUUCUUAAUAGCUACCAGCCUCCUAACGUGCUUUACUGCAAAGCUUGUUCUGGAGUAUUCUAAGGCUCCAUUGGAGGCCAAAGCGUACGCACCAAGGGCCAAGGUUCUGAGGGAUGGGAGGUGGAGAGAUGCACAUGCAGCAAAUCUGGUCCCUGGGGAUAUCAUAUUUCUCAAGGUUGGGGACAUCGUGCCCGCCAAUGCUCGUGUACUCCGAUUUCAAAAAAUCGACACAAUGACUUGCUGGGCCAAAAGGUCUGUUGAUUGUGUGCAUGGCUUCCUCAUAUACUAUGCUUGGACUGUGUCCUGUGGCCAAGGAACUGCUGUUGUCAUUGCAACUGGCCGUGGCAUCCCUAGAAGCACGCUGCGACUCUACCCACAACGUUUUGCUCGGCCCGGGCAACUUAAAGAGGGAGUCAUGGUUGCUGGCUGUUUUUGCUUUUCCCUGAUCCUUGUUGGCACCAUUACUGAGUUAGUAUUAAGUUUUUGGUUCCAAAAACAAAACUACGAGGACAUGCUGCGCAAUAGCCAUUUUACGCCAUUGAUUGGUGGAAUUCCAAUGGCAAUGCCUGUUUUCCUCUACUUGGCGUUGGCAUUGGGAUCUCUAAGGCUUUGUUUUCUUGGGAUUGCUAGCCGAGGAACAGUUGCACUUGAAGAUCUGGCCAAUAUGGACGUGAUGCUCUUCAGCAUGACUGGUACUUUAACGUGUAAUGAACCCUGUUUUGCCCGCGACAAGAUUGAGUUGUUUGCAGAUGGUCUCAAUAAAGACCAUGCCAUUAUUUUAGCUGCACGGGCAUCAAGAUCUCAACAUGACUUGUACAUUGAACCAAUUGAUUCAGCUAUUCUACGCCUCUUGGAUGAUCCAGAACAGGCAAGAUCUGGUAUUCAGGUCUUAGAGCACCAUGCUCGUUUCUUUGUUGCAUUGAAGUUGAUGUUCCUAACCACAUACAUCGAUAGAAUUGGCUCCAAGUGUUGUGUAUUCAAAGGUGAUCCUGCAAAGGUUGCUCAUCAAUGUGGCUGCAGCAAAGAAGCUAAAGACAAAAUAAGCGUGAUAAUGGAUAAGCUUGCUCUUGAUGGAUAUCAGGCCAUAGCAGUAGGACAUCAGGAAGAUUCAUGUUGGGAGUUUAUUGCUCUUCUGCCUUACAGAGAUGACCUUAGAAGUGAUAGCGCUGAAGCUGUUGAUAACCUUAUCGAUUUGGGUUUGGAUAUAAGAGUCCUCACAGAAAGUCCAUUGUCGACCACAAAGCAAGUUUGUGGAAAGCUUGGAAAACUAGGUAUUAAUGUGUUACCUGCCCAUUCAGUGUUUGAGUUAGCUCGUAACAACAGAGAAGUUCAUUUAAACAUCAAUGGGAUUUCUGAUCUCCUUCCAGAGGACAGUAGCGAUAUAGUAAGAAGACUAAGAAACUUUGGUUUUCGUUGUGCAAUGGUUGGGUAUGAAUUUCUUGAUCAUGGUGCCAUAGGUGAAAGCCAUAUUGGAAUUUCAGUUGCUGAUGCCACUGAUUACACCAAAAGUGAAUCCGAUCUCGUUUUGACUCAGCCUGCCCUGAUACAUGUUUCUUCAGCUGUGCAAAUCAGUAGGAAGAUUUGUCAGAUGAUGAAGGGCUACACCAUAUACACUGUUUCAUCAACUGUCCAUCUUUUUGGUGUCCGUGUCAUUUUACUUCUGUGGAACUUCGACUUGUCAAGUGUCCCGGCUUUGGUGAUUGCCGCUGUUAGUUACUCUACAUCCUUUGCAAUGUUAUUUGAUAGGGUGAAACUGAAUAAGUCACCAGAUAGAUGGAGAGCUAGGGAAAUAAUUAGAACCGGUGCUGCUUUUGGAACCUACAUAGUUUUGAGUACAGCCAUUUUUUUCAGGGCUGCAAUGGCAGCAGACAUUUUUUCAUGUAAGUUCAAAGAUAGGUCCCUGAUGUGCACUGAUGAGGAAAUUAGAGCUGCUUUGUUCCUUCAGAUGAGCAUUGUGAACCAGGCUGUUGCACUCUUUGCCCAUUCUGAUGAUUGCUGCCUUAUCAUAUCUCCUGGACCUUUUGUCACAUUUACUUUUAUUUUCUCCCAGAUGGUGGCAACCCGUAAAGCUGUCCAUGGUGACUUGGAUUUUGCACUAGCAAAGGGUGUCGGUUUUGUCAGAGCUGGAUUGAUAUGGUUGUACAACUUAGUCCUGCUCUUGACCCUUAUAUUAAUCUGUCGGAGAUGGAGGCGUAUAAACAUGACUAGUAAAAGAUUAUUGAUAAUAUGCAUGCGUUCGGCCAUCCUACGCAUAAUUUUCCUCUGGUCACUGUAUGUGAUGCUUGAUGUCAGAGGACAGCAGUCGGUCUCUAGUUACUAGUUAGAUAGCUUAAACACGUUUUUGUAGCUGUUGUUUUGCAGUGUGUCACCUGUAAAAUGUCUCGAGUAAAUAAAUAUCUGUUAUAAGAAUUUUACAUUUGAUUGACCCUUCAUGAUUCAGAACAUACAGUUGUGCAGUCAGAACAAUGGCCA